AUGGGCCUGAGAGAUCUAUUUUUCCCACCAUUGACUAUUUUGAAGUAUUUCCUGGUAUGUUCUGGAGUUUUGGGAUCCCUGGAAUCAGAUGGAGGCUGGCUGACCAGCGGGCACGCUUCUCUGCUGGAGGAGGACAGCUGUACUGUGGAGAGGAGAGAUGCCUCCCUCACUUACUCCCAGUUCAUCGAGCAGUAUGCCUUCUCCAGGCCUGUUAUUCUCCAGGGAAUAACCAACAAUACGGAAUUCCAGGCUUGCUGCACUAAGGAGAAGCUGUCGGCCAGGUUUGGAGAUCAUCUGGUCCGCCUUAGCACCGCCAACACCUACUCCUACCGCAAAGUGGACCUGCCCUUCCAGGACUAUGUGGAUCAAUUACUGGAACCUCAGGACCGGGCCUCCUUGGGGAGUGAAACGCUCUACUUCUUUGGGGACAAUAAUUUCACCGAGUGGGGCCCUCUCUUUCAGAAGUACCGCCCCCCUCCAUUCCGGCUCCCAGGCACUACCGGAGCAUACAGUUUUGGGAUUGCUGGCUCUGGUUCAGGGGUGCCUUUCCAUUGGCAUGGUCCAGGAUACUCCGAGGUGAUUUUUGGCAGAAAGCGCUGGUUUUUGUAUCCCCCAGAGAAAACACCCGAGUUCCAUCCCAACAAGACUACUCUGUCCUGGUUGCUGGACACAUACCCUUUUCUGCCACCCUGGGAGAGGCCAGUUGAGUGCACCGUUCACCCUGGAGAGGUCCUGUACUUUCCGGACCGCUGGUGGCACGCCACCCUUAACCUGGACACCAGCGUUUUCAUCUCCACCUUCCUGGGUUAGGAGAUCUGUAGGGUGCCCCUUCUUCAGGACACCAGUAGUUUUGCCGGCAGCUGAAGGAAGAACUUGAUUUCUGUGUUUGGUGCAAGAGAACAGCCCUGGUGGGGCUAUUGGACUCUCUCAUAUGACAUUAUUCUAUAGCUCAGAUGAAAGCAGAAGGAAUAUUUUGGGUAUUUUGCCCGUUUCCAGUGGGCCAGCCAGGCCCUGCAGGGAUGCUAAAUGGCCCUUGAUCCAAUCCAGCUCUCCUCUACUGAUGUUCGUAAUCAACAUGGCAUCUACAGCAUCCCUCAGUGUAAAUUCAUUAUCCCUCAACUGUUGAGCUCUCAUGUAAGUAUGUUUGCAUUAUCAGUUUAAAACACGUUGAUGGGAAACAAAAACUAGUCCACGCAAUGCGGGUCAGAUCCCUGCCCCAGCAUAGCAGAGGAUUCACUCCUUGGAGCCUCUCAGCCCCAGCCUCUGAUGGAGCUGGGGCCAAGGGGUGGCAAGGCAGGCUGCUCUUCCAUAUUACAAGGUGCGCAGGCAUCUCUUUCCUCAGGGACUUACGGGUAAGGAUGGACCUGUCAUAGACAAACCACCUUGGGAGGGUGUGUGAAGAUAAGGAGGGGAGUGGG